CACGAGCUCCUGCAGGUCGACCAGAGCAGAAGAAAACUGUUUUUCUCGCUUCACCCACGAACGCUCGGACUUUGCGGUCCUCUCUUACGAGUAAGAGUAGUUAGUAUAAGAGUACCUUCACGGCCAGUCAGAUCGAUUUUUCGCGCCUCGGUUAUCAUUGCUACUAUACUAUCUCCUGGCUUCUCAUUUCUCCAACCAACGAAAAAACAAAAUCAUGUUCUCUCGUUCCGUCUACCUGUCCGCCCUCACGGCGGCCACUACGGUUUUGGCGGGAACCAACGAGGAAGGGUUGAAGUUCCUGGAGGAAAACAAGGCGCGCGAAGGCGUGGUCACGCUGCCGUCCGGGCUGCAGUACAAGGUGCUGAAAAAGGGCAAGGGGAAGUACGCGCCCACUAAGGACUCCAUAUCAACUGCAAUUUCGUCAUCGUCUGGGUCGGGAAAGAUUCGAUGAAUUAUUUGUACUGGGGACCCAGCGCAGAUUCAUUCGUAAAUCACAUGACAAAUAAUUGGCUUGCAGCACGAGCAGGAAAAAGCUCACAACUCCUCUUCAUGCAAUGCAGAUCCGUGUCGUAUCGAUCCACGCGCAUUUUUAGUACAAAUCCACACCCAGACGUAAAUUUGCAGUGCAUACUCUCCCUGCGAGUGCCACUACGCGGGCACCACGCCCGCGCUGACCCCGGAUAUGAUUGACAAGGACGAGGUAUCCUGAGUAAAAACGUACCCACACCAGAGUCAGGAUGAGGAUUUUGCAACACAAACCUAGGAGUUUUGUGAGUCACGCAUGACAAGUUGCACUAUGCAGUGUAGUGCAGGUUAGCAAGUGCAGCCGCGUCACAGAUUAAUCUGCUCAUCCUGUUCACAGCAUCACAAAUUUCAAAACACGAUUGGAAAUGGCUCUCAUGGGGAUGCGCAUUACAAGUCUUCCUGUCUUUGCAAAUCUGCAUUACAACUCUGGCGUGGGUACGUUUUUACUCAGGAUACGAGGCGGACUGGGCGGAAUUCGACUCCUCCUACAAGUAUGCAAGGUAAAAUUAUCGUACUAGUAGUGACUGCAUUACAAAUUGCCUCAGCAUGAUGACCAAUGGAAUUUGUCAUGCUGCUUCACCUCAAGACAAAAGACUUGCCAUGCAUCAUUGCGAUGAUCACUACGAGUGCGAUAGUACUUUUGCAAUGCAUAACAAGCGCGGCGAGCCCACCACCUUCGCGCCGAACCAGGUGAUUAAGGGCUGGACCGAGGCUAUGCAGCUCAUGGUGGAUAUCCCACAGAAAAAAGCAGGCAGGUCAUAUAAUUUGUAAUGCAAAAAUAACUACACGGAAAAAUCUGUUAUGGGCGGCCCCAUAGCAUGCUUCUUAGGAUAUGCAAUACAGAUUUUUUUGUGUGUUUAUUUUUGCAUUACAAAUUCAAAUAUAACCUGCCUGCUUUUUUCUGUGGGAUAGUGGAAGGAGACAAGUGGGAAAUGUACAUCCCGUCGGAAUUGGGCUACGGCGACGGCGGCAGCGUAGCAACUGUAAAAACGUACUUGUCUACCCGUAUUUGUCAUGCAGAUCUGCAUCCACAGAAUGUGUCUCAUGCAGUACAGGAGCCUGCUCAUGAGGAGUUGUAGUUGUGUCAGUGUCUAGUGGUGUUUGGCGGGAUGGAAUAGUUCGUCAUGCUGUACUAAUCAUGAUGGGAUAUUAGUCGAUCUGUGAUUCCGGCUGCACCAACGACAACACUACGGAGCCAAAGUUGUCGUGCCUUACUCCCAUCAAAGCUUCUGGAUCUGUCUAGCAUUAUUCACAUCUCGACUACAACGGGGUAGAUACGUUUUUCCUACGGAUAAAGCGGGGCCAAGAUCAAGGGCGGCGACGUGCUGGUUUUCCGCAUGGAGAUUCUGAAGAUCAACGGUAAAAAGAAACGGGUAGUCAAGUGCGACUUCGCGGCCAAGGAGGGCUGUAUGCGUGGAAGAUAUGAUGUCUGGGUCUGGAACAAGUCUGGAAGUUUCGUACAUGCAAUUGGGGUACCAUAGAAUAACCAAAAUGUAUGAUGCAUGUUGUGCACCACGAUCAGCGCUCCCCGUUUGUGAUGCGAAAAUGUGAACUCUUUUGACAUGCGGACAAGGCUGCAUCAGGGAGCCGUUAGAAAUAACCUUGUCAUGCGUAGCUCCCUAGUCUUGCCGUGCUGGCCUGGUCAUGACCGUGCGCAACAUGUUGGCAUGACAACUACAUUCCAGACACCGAGGACAUGUUUGCAGUGGAUAGGGUGCGACGAGGACGAGCUGUCGGCGUGGGAGAAGUGGGGCAGCAAGGACCUGGCGGCCGUGGACGCGGAGGUGGCCCGGUUGACCGCCAAAUCACAGGAAACCAUGAAGAAGGGCAUGCGGGAGGGAAUCGUGGCGGACCUGAAGAUGAUCAAGCUGGUGCAGAAAGCGAAGAAGCCGAAGACUAUCCAGAAAUGAUGCGGUCACUGUAGAGCCUCGGCACGCAGGAGAGAGAGGAAAAAAGUCGUCUGAGUGCGGAGACCUGUCAGUGUUUUGCUGCCAACGUGUUAGGUCGUGCGUAUUUUCCAUGCAUGAAUUCCGCAUGAUAAUUUGUCAGUUCGCGACAAGCAGUUGUAUGAUAUUGAUUCGCGUGAUCCAUACGUAGUUGAAGAUUGUGUUGUGCAACUACGCGCAAGCGAGACCAGCUGCAGGUACUUAGUACAAAAAUGCGCAUGGAGAAGUGCAGUAGAGGUAUUUUCACGUCUGUAUUUCUUUGACCUCCUCCUCCUCACGAUCUGGUGCUGACUGUGUCGUAUUAUUUUCGCUGCAUACCCUAGGAGAAGAAGCCGAAGGGCCCGAAGACGGAAACGAAGAAGGAAAAAGAGGAGAAAGAGAGCGCGGAGUUGUAAGUGGUUUCUGGUGCUGCCGGUGGUGGGCCAAUUAAACUUCAAAAGUUUAUCGAACAGCGCUGCUUCGAUUACUUAUAUCGUUGCAGAAGAAAGAUGAAAAAGUAAGUGAGAUUUGGUGCUGAAGAGUCGAGUAGAAUCAGUUUGAACGGGUACAACAGACUUGUUUGCUUGGUUUCAGAUAAUUCUGUUCACGACUCCAAAAACCUGUCAGUAUUGCUGUGCGAAUCGUGUAUCAAAGAACAAAGCACCGACCGAAUAGCAAGAAAAGCAGAAAAGGGCCGUUGUAGCUGCUUUUUCCCCUCCUAAAAGGCUGGCUCUCAUUCUAUUCUCAUUGUUCUUCUCUAUAGUGUGGCGGAUGGGGUUUCUUAG